AUGGCCGCCCGGCACAGUGAGCACAUUCACCUGGAGCACAGUGCGGAGCGACUGGAGGCUGGCUUGGCUCUGAGCCACCAGGAGCUGCACACCUCACACCUGGAGAUGGAGGCUCUGGAAGGGGAAGUUAGUCGCUUGAACCUAAAGGUGAAAGGACACCAAGAGGUGGCCUGUCAGUUAAGCGAAGAGGUCAGGAGAAUGGAGGCCCUGGAGCUGCUGCAGAAGGAGGAACAACAGCAGCUACACGCUCAGCAGUGUUCGGGCCAUCCGCAGCUGAAAGAGUACCAAGAUGCAAGCCAGGCCAUGAAAGAUGAACUUGUGGAGAUAGAGCAGUGCUACCAGGAGAAGGCUGAGCAGUGGGACAGAGCUCAGGAGGCUCUGGAACGCUUAACAGACGAACUGCAGACGCUUCAGGCCCAAGUGGACAUGCUUCAAAAACAGAAGCUGGUGAUUGAAAGUGACCUGAAGGUUUACCAACAAAGCCAUUUAUAUUCUGAUGAUGAGUACCUAAGUCAGCUAAAACAAAGAGAGCUACUUCAAAAGCGCUGUGCAGAGCAGGUGGAGCAACUCGCCGAGUGUGAAAAGGCUAUUCUUCAGAUGAAGUCAGCGCUGGAGCGACAAGCUGAAAAAAAGGUGGAUGCGCAGAAACGCUGUGUGGCGUUGCAGCUCGAACACCUCCACAGUCGCAGGCAGCAUGAACAGGAAGCUGAUCGACUCAAACAGGAAGUGAGUCGUCUAGAGCUGGAGCUGGCUGAGACCCACCAAGUGCAUGUGACUCUGCUGAAGUCAGAGGGAGAGCUGCGAGACGCCCGGCACGAGGUGCAGAGGCUCACUGAGGAGCUGCUGAAGGAGGAGCAGAGCAGGAGAAGUGCCCUGAAAGACAAACACAAGCUCAAUACAUACAUCUGCAAGCUGAGGAAGGAACGGGACGAGCUGCUCAUGAAGCACCAGGUCACAGUGGAGGAGUUGGCAGCCCGUGCAGAGGAGGCGAGGCGGUUUGAGGGCUGCCUGAAUAAGGAAAAGCUAGCAGAGGAGAAAAUAAGGUCAGUGCUGAGGCUGGAGAGGAAGCUUCAGGAGGCUGUCGAUCUCAAACUAAAAGCACAAACAGAGAAACAGGAAACAAACAAGCAGGUCCAGUCGCUGCAGUGUAAGCUCGACGGUGUAAGGGCCAUCAAUGAAAACCUGCGCAGAGAGAGUCAGCUGGUGGUGACCAACAUGUACCAGUGGAUCACGCAACAAAAAGCGACCAAUGAGAGUGUCAGUGCCCAGAUGAAAGCCCAGAGCGCAGCUCUUUCUUUGGUCACUGAGGAGAAAGAACAUCUUCAGGCGGCCAACAAUGCUCUAAAGGCAGCGUUACAGCGGCUGAAAGAGGAAGCAGAUGAGAAUGAGAGCUUUAAGGUGCAGUUUGAAGAGUGUUGUUGGUGCAAUGGCAGAACAGUCGGACAGGAGACUUGCAUCACUUUAAACCUGUGCAAAAUCCAGGAGAUGCAGACCAGACUGCAAAACAACCUUGAGGCCGUCCAGAAGCUAAAUCAACAAAUAAGUAUUCUGAGGCGGGAGAACAGACAUUUGCAUUGGAAGCUGCAGGAUGAGAGGUCCCAGAGAAGACGACGUGUCUCUUCUUCCAACUCCUGCAAGACCCUGUCCGCCCCCCCACCUCCUGUCCCCUCCCCCCCGUCCCGAGAGCGUGUGUCGGACAGGCCCGGGCACGGCGCAGGUUCUGGGUGA